AUGGUGACCUUCAUUGAAUCAGCUAAUAGAGUUAAUCGUUACGCGCUACACCAAACUAAAACUUCUCCCUUUCUCUCUGUUCGCGUUAAAGGCAUCUAUGAGAACAAUGUCCUCCUCAUCCUAGUGUCGAUCAUCGUCAGCCUCGUUGUUAUCAACAGCACAGCCAUGCCUUACAAGACAAUCUUCUUCAUCACAUCCACUUCCUCCUCCUACUACCCAACCAACAAUAAUCACCCCGAAAACCCUAGUUUCCCCUACCAAAACCCUAGUAACUCCACUCAUUUGACCUUCUUCAUCAUCGAAGUCCAUGAAUUCCACCGCACCAAAUCCUUCCCACAUCUGAUCUUUUCCCAAACGAGCAAUGGAAGAUGUUGUCUCUUUAGAACCCUCUUCUUCUUCCUCAUUUCUCCGAUUGCACCCUCGACAUCAUCAGUAUUAUCGACGUUGUGGAAGAUGAUUCUAUAG